AUGAUUAUUGUUCUAUCUACCGAGGGUGAAAGAAGGAUUGCCAUUGUAUCUGAAUCCUUUGCCUUGGUUUUUAAGCCAGCUUUUAAUAAAGAGAAACAGAAAACUGUCUGUAACGUCGAUUUGGUUCCAAAGAAGGAACUUAAAAAUCAAGGUUUUCAAAAAUUAUCAUCAAAUGAAAUCUUUGGAUUCAUAGGUCUAAUUGAAAUCGAUGGGUUGAUAUUUAUUGGAACUAUUAUUGGGAAGUCCAAAGUUGCUCAACCAAUUCCUGGAGAGACUAUUAAUAAGAUCCAUGGGGUUGAUUUUUUCUGUCUAAAUGAUUCUACUUGGGAUUACAUACCAAUAGAUCAAAAUGGUUACCCAACUGAUUUUGAUAGAGAUUCUGCCGAGCUCCAAGCAGCUAUCCCAAGACAUCCAUGCUUUGAAUUACGUAAAUUAUUAUCCAAUGGAUCAUUUUACUAUAGUUCGGACUUUGAUUUGACCUCAACUUUACAACACAGAGGUUAUGGAACUCAUUCUUUAAGUUCUGAUACUUAUGAACAAGAGUACAUGUGGAAUUACUUUAUGAUGAAGGAAGUUAUCCAAUUUAGGGAUGGGCUAGACUCAGCACCAAGAGAAAUAUUGGACGAUGAUGGGUUUUUAACUACUGUCAUUUGUGGAUUUGCAGAAACUAUAAUAACAAAAAUUCAUGAAACAAAAGUCGCAUUGACAAUCAUCUCUAAACAGAGUUGGAAACGAGCUGGUACUCGAUAUAAUGUCAGAGGUGUUGACGACGAAUCAAACGUCGCUAAUUUUGUAGAGACUGAAUUUAUUUUAUACUCUUUGAAGUACUGCUAUGCAUUUACAGAAAUUAGAGGUAGCAUUCCUGUCUUUUGGGAACAAGAUACUUCUAUGAUCAAUCCUAAAGUCAAAAUUAGAAGAUCAAUAGAAGCUACUCAGCCUGUAUUCGAUAAACAUUUUGAAAGAUUGAUCAAUAAAUAUGGAUCUGUAAAUAUUGUAAACUUACUGGCUUACAAAACUUCAGAAAUUGGCCUUUCUCAAAGAUAUAAAGAACAGUUAACAGAUUCCAAAAAAUUGGCAUUAGAUCAGGAUAUCUUUAUGACAAAUUUUGACUUCCAUAAGGAAACCUCUGGGGAAGGAUUCUCAGGUGUUAAAAAAUUAAUACCACUAAUUACUGAAAAUAUGUUGUCUUUUGGCUACUUUUCAUAUGAUGUUAAAGCUAAACAAGUUCUAUCAGAGCAGAAUGGUGUAUUUAGAACCAAUUGUUUGGAUUGUUUAGAUAGAACAAAUGUAGCACAGCAGGUCAUCUCAUAUUACUCUUUUAGAUCAUUUUUAGAGGCAUUUAGGUUAAUAAAUCCAACCGAAAACAUCGAUGAUAGUGAAUUUAUUACAAAAUUAAACAUUCUGUGGGCCGAUAAUGGUGAUCAAAUUUCUCAAAUCUACACCGGUACUAAUGCAUUAAAGUCCUCAUUUAGUAGAAAAGGUAAGAUGUCAUUUGCAGGAUUAUUGUCUGAUGCUACAAAGUCUGUUAGCAGAAUAUACGUCAACACUUUCGUUGAUAAUGGCAAACAACAAUCCAUUGAUUUCUUAUUGGGGAGAUUACCAAAUCAAAAACCAGUGGAAAUGUUUGAUCCAAUGUCACAAUAUAUCCAAAAAAAAUUGGAAUUAAAAGAAAUGAGCUACACCUCUACCGAUAAGAUGCAAGUAUUGGCAGGAACAUUUAAUGUGAAUGCCUCAACAGACGAUUCAAAUUUAUCAUGCUGGCUAUAUCCAAUAGGCAAUAAAUUUGUUCCAGAUGUUGUAAUUUUGGGUUUUCAAGAGGUAAUCGAGUUGUCUGCCACUUCUAUAAUGAAUGCUGAUUACUCAAAAAGCUCAUUUUGGGAAACAGCAGUUAACAAAUGCUUAAAUCAAUUUGGUGACAAAUAUUUACUUUUAAGAGUCGAACAAGUAACUUCUCUUCUGAUCCUAUUUUUUGUAAAAGCUGAUAAGGCUGAACACGUUAAAGAUGUUGAAGGUGCAUCAAAGAAAACAGGAUUUGGUGGUAUGGCUGGUAACAAAGGUGCUGUUGCAAUAAGAUUCAAUUAUGGGGAAACUUCAUUCUGUUUCAUCAACUCCCAUUUUGCCGCUGGUGAUGGUAACCUUGAAGAUCGUCGUAACAACUUCAAUAAUAUUAUAAGAAAUAUUGUCUUCACACGUUCCAAAACUAUCUUUAAUCACGAUUCUAUCUUCUGGUUCGGUGAUUUAAAUUACAGAGUAAAUCUUGCAAACGAUUUGGUAAGGUACGAACUCGAAAAGCAAAGACCCAAUUAUCUUCAAGGUUUAUUGAAGUUCGACCAGCUAACACAAGAAAUUAAAACUGGGAUUAUAUUUGAAGGAUUCAAAGAACCUCCUAUAACGUUCAAUCCUACUUACAAGUACGAUAAUGGAACUGAUAUAUAUGACACAUCUGAGAAAGCUAGAACUCCCUCAUGGACCGAUAGAAUUGUUUAUAAAGGUGACAAUAUUACUCCACUUUCAUAUUCAGAUGCUGCUAUGUUAAUCAGCGAUCACAGACCUGUGUAUGGUGCUUAUAGAACAACAGUAAAAUUUGUUGAUGAUGAGGUAAAGAACAAAUUAAUGCGAGAAUUACGGGAUAAAUUCAAAGCAGAUAAUCUCGAUUUAUAUCCAAAAUUGACGAAGAUUAAAUCUGAUGUUGAUGUUUCAUUUAGUGAAAGUGAUCAUUCCCAAUCUGGUUCACCACUGUUUGAUAUAACAGAGUCACCUUCAACCGAUUCCAUCAAAGAAACUUUAUUAAAGAAUCAAAACAAUCUGGGUAAACUUUCACUGAGACCACCACCACCUCCUGCUACAAUUAUCGAUGAUACUUUAAGUAACCAAGCCAACGACAGUUAUUCUGCUGAGGAAACCGAGGUUGAAAAGAAAUCUUUAACUAAUCCAAUAUCGCCAAGCAAGAGUAGACCAUUACCACCAGGGUUUUCAAAUGAGGUACUUUCAGCACAACCAGCGAAUAAAGGUGAUUCAAAAGAGAAAUGA